AUGCUUCGAUUGAACGACGAUGAGCAUCCUAAUGAAUAUGUAGUCUUUAUAACAGCCGUUAAAGAUGAACAGGAACAAUUAGCAAAGGAUUAUUUGAACCGAAUUGCUGCUAUGGCAUUUCCAAUUAUGAAAAGCAACGGGUUUGGUGUAACAUCGUUGGAUGAAGUGACUUAUAAUUCUCAGUUUUGGGGUCGAAAUUGGAACAAAGGCGAAUGUGUGGAGUUGGUGUUGCGAGAUUCCCGUGGAAACUGGUUGCCUUUUGAGUUUGUUAUGGAUGUGUUUUUACAUGAACUAUGCCACAUCUGGCGUGGUCCCCACGACAAAACGUUUUUUAAUCAUCUCGCUCGUUUGCGCCAAGACUUAACAGAGCUUUAUGCAAAGAGUUAUAAAGGCCCAGGAAAGUAUAUGACAUGGGACUCAUUUCCUCUUGCCGACGUCGUUGCAGGACUUCGCACGGUUGCUCACCGAGGAGUCACCUUAGCACCAAGUGCGCCUACUGGUAACUUAUGCGGUGGCUCUCUUCGAAGAAAGCGGAACGAACGUCGUGCAACAGGAUCGCGUGUAGGAAAGAAAAAGAAUACAAAGGCAGGUCAAAAACUCGGAUUCGACUUGGAUGAACGGAAAAAUUUGCUUCAUUCCACGUCGAAACCCCAAGCAAAAAGCAAUCGAGGAAGAGAGGCAAGACUUGUUGCUGCGGUCAAAAGAUCUGGUCCGGAUACUCAAGACCCUGCAGAGCUGCCGCCUGCAACCAAACAAAAAACACUAAAUAAUUUUAUUGUCAUAGACUAA